UGAAUCAAUCCCUGACGGCAACUCCGUUGUCGGAGAAAAGAAACCGCAACCAAAAAGUCGAUGAAUUCCUCCAAAAUGCGCCGGAAAGUCGUCGUCGCUACGGCGGAGAACGGAGACACCGGAGACAAGCUCGACCAACUCCUCCUCUCCUCCGCCAUCUGCAACGGGGAAGACUUAUCCCCUUUCAUCCGCAAAGCCUUUGCAUCGGGUAAGCCCGAAACCCUACUUCACCACCUUCGUCACUUCGGUAGAUCCAAAGAGUCUGAGAUCGAAGAAGUCUGUAAGGUUCAUUAUCAGGACUUCAUCAUGGCCGUCGAUGACCUCCGUUCUCUACUUUCCGGCGUCGAAUCGCUUAAAUCAUCCAUUUCUAAUUCAAACUAUCAGUUACAGUCUGUAGCAGGUCCUUUGUUGACAUCUCUAGAUUCCUUCAUUGAAGCUCGAAACAAGUGCCAAAACAUAACCCUGGCGAUCGAGUCUCUUCGGAUUUGUGUCCGAUUAAUGGAGCUUUGCUCGCGGGUGAAUUUUCAUCUAUCGAAGAAUAACUUUUACAUGGCGUUGAAGUGCAUUGACUCGAUUGAAAGAGACUUUAUACACAAAACGUCGUCGUCUACUCUCCGGAGAAUGCUCGAGAAGAAAAUCCCUGCGAUCCGAGCUCAUAUCGAACGUAGAAUCAGUAAAGAGUUUGGAGACUGGCUUGUCGAGAUCCGUACGGUGAGUCGGAACUUGGGGCAAGUCGCGAUCGGACAAGCUUCGGCCGGUAGACAGAGGGAAGAAGAACUACGGAUCAGGCAACGGCAAGCCGAGGAACAGAGUCGGCUCAGCUUGAGGGACGCUGUUUAUGCUCUUGAAGAAGAAGAUGACGACGGUUACUUUACAGGAAAUGAAGGUAACGAUUUUUACGGUAAUGGCGGCAAUGCUAAUUCUACUCUAGGUUUUGAUCUGACUCCAUUGUAUAGAUCUUACCAUAUACAUCAGACUCUUGGGCUUGAGGAUGGGUUCAAAAAAUAUUAUUUCGAGAAUAGGAAGCUUCAAUUAACCUCGGAUUUUCAGGUAUCUUCAAUGACACCUUUUUUAGAAUCUCAUCAGACAUUUUUCGCUCAGAUCGCCGGAUUUUUCAUAGUUGAAGACCGUGUAUUAAGGACUGGGGGUGGAUUGAUAACGAAAAUGGAAGUAGAAAACCUAUGGGAUACUGCUGUUAGCAAAAUGUGUUCUGUGUUAGAAGACCAAUUCUCUAGGAUGCGAACAGCUAAUCAUUUGCUGUUGAUUAAGGAUUAUGUGAGUUUGCUUGGGGUUACUCUGCGGAGAUACGGAUACUCAGUAGAUGCAUUGCUUGAUGUGUUGAACAAGCACAGGGAUAAGUACCAUGAGUUAUUGUUGUCAGAUUGUCAGAAACAAAUUGCUGAAGCUCUUGCUGCAGAUAAGUUUGAGCAGAUGUGGAUGAAUAAGGAGUAUGAGUAUUCCAUGAACGUGUUAUCUUUCCAGAUACAAACUUCAGACAUUGUACCGGCAUUUCCCUAUAUAGCCCCAUUUUCAUCAACUGUGCCUGAUUGUUGUCGGAUUGUUAGGUCUUUCAUUGAGGAUUCUGUUAGUUUCAUGUCUCAUGGUGGGCAGCUUGAUUUCUUUGAUGUUGUGAAGAAGUACUUGGACCGGCUUUUGACUGAAGUCCUGGAUGAUGGUCUUCUAAAGCUUAUUAGCACUUCAAUCAGUGGGGUCAAUCAAGCAAUGGUUGUUGCAGCUAAUAUGGCUGUCCUCGAAAGAGCCUGUGAUUUUUUCUUUCGCCAUGCUGCAAAGCUUUCUGGAGUCCCUCUGAGGGUGGUAGAAAGGGGCAGGCGGCAGUUUCCGUUGACCAAAGCACGUGAUGCAGCUGAAGAAAUGCUAAGUAGCUUGCUUAAAAAGAAGGUUGAUGGUUUUAUGACGUUGAUUGAGAACGUGAAUUGGAUGAUUGACGAGCCACCUCAGACUGAAAAUGAAUAUGUGAAUGAGGUGAUAAUCUUUCUGGAAACGCUUCUUUCUACUGCACAGCAGAUAUUGCCUGGUCAGGUCCUCAAACGAGUGUUACAAGAUGUUCUCUCUCAUAUCUCGGAAACAAUCGUUAACUUUUUAGUUGGGGAAUCUGUGAAAAGGUUCAGUCUGAAUGCUGUGAUGGGAAUCGAUGUAGAUAUCAAAUUGUUGGAAUCAUUUGCUGAAAACCAAGCUCCUCUUGUAUCUGAAGAAGAGGCUAUUCAGUUAAAGAAAGCACUUGUUGAGGCAAGGCAAUUAGUUAACUUGCUGCUUAGCAAUAACCCAGAGAACUUUUUAAAUCCAGUAAUCAGAGAGAGAAGUUACAAUGCGUUGGAUUACAAAAAAGUAGCAAUCAUUUCCGAGAAACUAAAGGAUCCUUCUGAGCGACUAUUUGGAACUUUUGGAUCAAGAGGGUACAAGCAAAAUCCAAAGAAGAAGUCGUUAGACUCGUUAAUUAAGAGGCUUAAGGAUGUCAACUGAAACCAUCAAGAUUUUACAUGCUUCUAGAUUCCCAGGCCUGCAUGCAGCUGUUGGAUGUUUAUGAACUUACUCAGGUGUACAACUUAUAAGAAGGUAAUGAAAUGUCUAAAAGUGAUGUUGGUAUGGCAUGAUUCAGAACUUGUGGUCUGUUAAUUUUGCGGUGAA